GACUCCAUUACAUUGCGUUCCAUAUACUCAACCUGCGGAGUUCCUUUCUAUAAAACAGCGCUUGCUCAAUAUCUCGUCCAUUCCAGCACGGGAAGCAGUCGUCUAUACUCUUGAUGCACAAAGGAUUUCUAGAGACAGACACCAGCAUGUCGAAAUCUACCACUGUUGUGAAAUUGAAUAAUGGCAUCAAUAUGCCGUUAUUUGGACUUGGGACAUGGCAGAGUAAACCAGAAGAGGUGAAAACGGCCGUAACGACCGCCCUGGAUGCCGGGUACCGUCUCAUUGACACGGCGUACAACUACCAAAACGAGGACGUAAUAGGUGAAGGCAUUGCCGAGAAAUUGAAAGGCGGCAAGCUCAAAAGGGAGGACCUGUUUAUAACAACAAAGUUAGGAAACAUCUUAACCCGGCCCUCUGACGUUCAGCAGUCCAUGUCUGAAAGUCUAAAAAAAUUACGGCUCUCCUACGUAGACCUUUUCCUGAUACACAUCCCUGUAGUGCUAAAGAAACAAGCCGACCCUAAAAUUGUAUUUCCCUUCAAAGAUGGCCAACUAGACCAUGAUGGCCCUGUUGACUUUGAAGGCGUAUGGAAGGAAAUGGAAAAACUUGUUGACGAAGGGAAGGCUAAAAGCAUUGGCGUAUCAAACUUCAAUGUUGCACAAGUGGAACGCAUCAUGAAAUGUGCACGUAUUAAACCAGUGGUGAAUCAGGUUGAGUGCCACGCCUACUUCCCGCAGAACAAAUUAGAAGCUGCCAUGAAGAAACAUAACAUAGCGAUAAUGGCUUAUAGUCCGAUUGGAUCCCCCGGCAGUGCAGCAUUUACUACGAUACCGGGCGAGGCGCCUCUGCCUGUGUUGCUUAAAGAUCCUGUGGUGGCCGGGCUAGCUACAAAGUAUAAGAAGUCUCCUGCUCAGAUUCUGAUCAGGAACUUGCUUCAGAGGAAUUUGAUAGUCAUCCCAAAGAGUGUGACACCUAGUAGAAUACGUGAGAAUGGAGACGUUUUCGAUUUCAAGCUUUCCCCCGAAGAUAUGACCGCUAUCGCAGGCAUUAACAAGGAACUUCGACUGUUAAAAUUCCACAUGAUGAGCAAUGCACCCGAUUUCCCAUUCAACGAUCUUGUAUAGAUGAUGGAAUGGAACAUGACCUUUACUGCAUCAGCUGUGUGCUGUUUGUGUAGUUCUAUGGCAUAUUUAAUGAAAAUAAUUAACGAUUAGUGACUUUUAUUCAUGGUGUCAGACGUAUGGUUCAAAGACGUUUUGAUGUUCGAUGGAGCAACACAAGUUUCCAUCUUAGGUAGAACAUAUGUUUGAACAAUCAUGUGUUUUCCUAUAGUGUCGUUAUUACCGUGUUCUUCUUACACAAACAUCGGUUCAUCAGAACUACCCACCUUGGCCAUCACGUGAUCAUCACAUGAUCCAGAGCAUGUUACUUUUCGACAUGGUCUAGACAUCACAUUCCACAAGUUGUUACCUAUUUAUUGAACGUGUUUUUAAAACACCAAUCAUUGCACAACAAAUGCGAUAUAAAUGCUGAGAGAUCAGUGCCUAUAUGUACAUGUUAGUGUGAAAAUGAUAUAUAUAUGUUUAACUUACCAAAAAGGACAAUUAAUAGCGCACAGUCGUAAUAUUUGCAUAAAUAAACAGUAUUGGAGUGUCUA